AUGCCUAGUCGAAGUGCUAAUAUCGUCACGCAUUAUGCGAUUUUAAUCGCAAUUAAUGAUUAUCCAGACAAACCAUUAGAAGGUUGUGUGCGUGACGCUCAAGAUACCAAAGCGUACUUAGAAAGCACGCUCCACGAUUCUGUCGAGGUACAGAUAAUUGUGACCAGCCAGAGCGGCCCGCAAUCAUCCAACACAAUUGAAGGUCGAAGGGUCACUUCUCUUGCAAAACCUAGAAAUUUUGUCUAUAUACAUUAUUCCGGGCAUGGUACCCAAAAGCCGCCUUCCGGUACCUUCUCCAACGAAUCCACGGCCGAUUUGGCGCUGGUACUCCUUGGAGGAGAGCAGGAUAAGAAGAUAAGAUGUCUUUGGGGUUUCGAACUAGCGGGCUUACUGAAGACCAUGGUCGAUAGUGGACUGGUUAUCACCCUCAUUCUCGACUGCUGUUUCUCUGCGGGCGUCUAUCGUCGCAAGGACCCUAGCGUCCGCUUUCUCCCUUACGAUUCCAAAGUCGAUUCAGAAUAUUCAUCGAAGCCCGAUCAGAUUCCAGGGGAUGAGAGAUACCGUGAUAUCUCCAUGCUGCCUAACUGGCUUGUCAGGCCAGAUUGGUAUGCGAUACUUGCAGUAUGCGGUCCGCAUGAAAUCACGAUCGAGCUCAAAGACGCCGACGGGAGGAAACAUGGGGCCUUAUCCUAUUUCCUUCUCAAGACAAUUAAGUGCGUUAACCUUACGAAGAGACAUGGGGACAUCUACGAUCACCUGCGUCCGAAACUCAAAGCUGCUGGGUUGCGGCAAAACCCUGUCCUUUAUGGGAAUCAGAACCAAGGCUUCUUUGGGCAAGUCAAUUCAGAUAUUAUUGCAGUAGCUAUUCCGAUCAUCGUCAGCAAAAACGGCAAUCUCCAAUUACAAGCUGGCCGCGCACACGGCUUCAAGACUGACGAUCAGCUUAUCUUGUAUCCCUUAGGUACCGCUGAAGUUGAUCCUAGAGUACAAGGGAACUCGGAAGUUGCAAAGGUCGUCUGCACCAGAGCUCUCACCUCAAAUCUGGAGCGAAUGGAUGAAGAUGAUUCCGAUGAUGAGUUAACCCUCGCAGACGCACCGGCCAUCCGUGUACGUACAGGAUGGAUGGCGAGAGUCCUUACUCGAUCUUCUCUCCAGAGCUUUCCCAUACGCCUUGCAUCCGGGCUUCCAAAUCUGGAGGAAUGGCUCACAGUCCUAAGGGAACGGUCACUUGAGGCUCAUAUCGAUACGAACAAGCAUCCGUCCAUGUUCGAUGUCGUGUUGAAUAAUGGAGAAUAUGAGAUCCUGGACGAAUCGGGUAAUAUUAUUAUCAAUUUGCCUAGCAUACCGCAAGACCAGACCAACAUUGGACAGAUAGGGAGUAUUUUGGAGCACCUAAAAAUGGAGCAUAAUACUAUAGCAGAAUUGGUCCUAGAAAAUCAAGGCGAAAAAUAUCUUUAUCUUUUUAUCUACGAUCUUGGUCCUUGUUGGCAAGUGGAGAAUGUGAAUCGUGGUACCUACAUAGUUGUCCCGCCACGAAUCGAUGGACAACGAGCUAGACCUACUCGAAAGAGGCUGAGGAUGAGGAUUCCUGACAAGAUGAGAGAGGAGGGACACAGCUCUUGCAAAGAUAUACUCAAGAUCUUUGUUACCUCCCAGCCGACGUCCUUUGACUUGUUGGAGUUGCCCAAACUAGGUGGUCGGGCUAAAACAUCUCAGGCAGAUAGGACACCUGGAGAAGGUGGUGAUGGAUCAGAGAAUUGGGCGGCUAUGAAUUUUUCCAUCCAUAUUUCCGUUCAGGGGGAUAUUGAUCAAUAACGGAC